GUUAUUCGAUUAUAGCUUCUGCUCUGCUAACUUCGACUUGAGAAACUUGGGUGUUAAAUAAAUAUAUUGAAAUAUAUUUAUAUCUGGCGUGUUUAAGCCAGCUAACUAAGCUGGCCAAUUACAAAAAGAUACAUACCGGCGACAAGCCGUACACGUGCACCUACUGCCACAUGCAGUUCAGGCAGCAGGGCACACUCAUCAACCACAUAAGGACGCACACGAAUCUCAUCAGUCAGCCAGCCAGAGUGGAGCAUACAGCAAUGCCAGCGCAUCUUGGACACGGUGCACAACAGCUGACAAAUGGCUUGCUGCAAAACAACCUGCACAGCACAACGCCCAAUUUUCUGCAGCUGGACCAUCAUCCACUGCUGCAUUUCCUUGAAGGCAGCUCAACAGUAAGCUCUUUAGUUGCGAGCAAUGCAGCGGCAGCUGCGGCUUCCGCUGCUACAGCGAGCAAUACGGGGACAGCGCCAGUAAAUCCAAAAACUGAACCUAGCCAGACCGAACAGACCCCUCGCUUAAACGUGGGCACCAUUAAUAUGUUAAGAAGCGAUAAUCCCGAUCGCCCAUUUGGCUGUAGCGUAUGUCGGCGCUUCUUUUCCCAACAGAGUACUCUGGUCAACCACAUUAAAACGCACACGGGCGAGAAACCAUACAAAUGCAAGAUCUGUGAUGCAAGUUUCCGGCAAGUGGCCACGCUCAACAAUCACAUGAAGAUCCAUACCGGAGAGAAACCGUACAACUGUUCCUACUGUCCUAAACAGUUCCGCCAAAAGAGUACUCUUCAAAAUCAUAUAAGGAUCCACAAAUGCUAGUUUGGAUAUUAGAUUAAAUUCGGAUGCAGUUACAAAUGCGAUACUACACCAACAAAUGCGUAAUACAUUAAAAUACAUUAAACAAAAACAUUAUGUACUGAAAAGUGUUAUUUAUCUGCUAUGCAGAGCGCAAUUAAAUGUAAACAAAACUGAAAUCUAUAGUA